ACGUCUGCAUAUACUUAAGCAAAUGACCAUUGACAAUUACCUUAAGGAGUUCCCUGCUUUGAAAAAGCCAACCGGAUAUCUUUUACUGUUAAAGGACUUCGAAUUUCUGUAUCCCGAAAACUACAACGGGUUCAUCGAGUCCUUCGCAACAUAUAAAACACAAAUAUUCCAAUUAGCUGCAAAAAGGACAGGAAGGGAUAAAUGCGUCCAGAACUUGCUGUCCCUUGAGAAAACUUCCGAGGAUUCAAGCAACCUUGGAGCCUUACUCCUUAUUCCUUCAUUACUAUCCGUAAAAACUUUUAAGCUCAAAGGAGCUACUAAAAAAGUUUGGAGACCAUCGAAAGCCGAAGUGCGGGAGGCAUUCAUCACGCACGUUAAAACCGAUGCAGAGAUCUGUGAAGCUGUUUCUGCGCGGAAACACAGGCUUGAAGAAUACAAUCUAACAUUACAACCUUUCAUCAUUGCGGUUGGUGAGUCACUGAAUAGUGUCAAAUCGUAUUUUGUAAUUGUUAAUGAUCAUAGAUAUUUCAUUCCAACAAUUGUUGAAGCAGUUGAUGCGUGUAUAAAAAUAAUUUUUACCCUUAACGCUAAAUAUCCUGAAGAGUGUUCCUGUACGUGGAUGUUUAUUCAGAACGGUUUCUAUAAAAUAAAAACCCGUUAUGAUAAAACAUCCACUGCCACCAAUACUCUCCUCUCUGAGCUAGGGAUGACGGAGUGA